AUGCAUCAAAGGAGGGAGUUUUCCGUGGCAUACUUGAAAGUGUUCCACAAAGAACAUGCGGAGUUAGGAUUUCUUCUUGGCAAGGCCAAAGUUGCCCCCCACACACGGGCACACAUCCCAAGGCUUGAACUAUGCGCCUCGGUUCUGGCUGUUGAGAUGGCAGAGAUUAUCAGAGAACAACUGCAAGUUUCCAAAGAUGCCUUUACCUUCUACACAGAUAGCCAAGUUGUCCUGGGAUACAUAUCCAAUGACGCUAAGAGAUUUCACGUGUAUGUAUCAAAUAGGGUGAGCAAAAUACGGUCAUUCUGUGGCCCAGAAUGCUGGAGAUACGUGAUGUCUGAACAGAACCCAGCCGAUGUUGCAACUCGUGGUUGCAGCACCAACUCCCUUGAGCAGUUGGCUUUUAGGACCUGA